AUGUUCUUUUUGAUGAAGAUGAGUUAAAAGAGAUCAAAAUCAUCGAAUAAAAAAUAAAGAAAGACUCGGAGGCUAGAAUAGGAACUAUAGUUUAAGUAAUCAUGCAACAAGAGAUUUAGUAAUCAAAAUUAAAUUGAAAUUUUAACUUUAAGAAAUUAAGAAAAUGGCUUAGAACUCUUUAUUAUAUAUAGAUAGUAGUAAAAUAGACAAUUAAAUGUUUAAUAGAGAACAAAGGACUGGCUCAGAGAGCUAAUCAAGUUUUGACAGGAAAUAAUUUAAUAAAUUGUUCAAACAAGUGUUAAACAAUUCUCAACUCGAUGGUUGGAAAAAAAGUUUAUACUGA